UCUCCAGAGAUAGUCCGGUUCCAUGUCGAGUCUCGGAUUGCUGUUCGGUUUGCUAGUACAGUGAUCAGAGCUUACAUCCGUAAUCCGGCAUCGGAGAGACAGAGUGUCUCCUUUGAUCUACUACUCCCCCUCAACUCAUACAUCACCGACUUCAAUAUGAAUGUUGAUGGUGUGCGAUACCAGGGUUAUGCCGUGGAUAGAUGCUUAGUCAGUGAUCUAUCACACCCCUCAGAUGUAUCUAUAUCUAGUCUUGAGAAAAUGGAGUAUACGACUGGAGGAGAGCAGACCAGAAACUUGUUCACUGUGACGGUAGAUACUGUCCCUAGAGGUAACGUCCAGAUUAUGAUUCAGUACCAGGAACUUCUAGAACGCCAAAAUGGCUGGUACACACAGAGGAUCAGCGUUAGACCGAGUCAGAGUGUGUAUGACUUCCGUAUAUACUCUACGGUGACCGAGCCACAGGGUAUAAUACGAUCGGAGACUGGUAUAGAUACGAGAUCUUACACCGAAUCGGUUUCCUCUCUUCUCACCGGCAGUAUGGCAGGACUCGCUCAAUCUACUGCUGGAGAUAGCAGAGGUCAAGUGUACGACCUCGGCAAUCACCUCAGAAACACACGAACAUUGGGGACGACUGGGACAACGAAAGUUCAGAUCGACUACCGACCAACCCAACGACAGCAGGAUGAAUACGUUAACCUUUACAAUACUCCUGGUAUCAAUGGUGACUUCAUAAUCCGAUACGACGUCGCUCAUCCUCCGGGUGUGGGAGAAGUACAGACCUCUGGAACGAACUUCAUCCAUCGUUUCGCACCCGCCAACUUUGGCGCCGUAAAGAAGAGAGUGGUCUUCGUCCUCGAUUUCAGUGCUUCCAUGUACGGGAAUAAGAUCAAACAGACCAAAGAAGCGAUGUACACCAUUCUUGACGAGAUGAAUGACAGCGACCGUUUCAAUGUGCUACCCUUUUCUGAUUACGUCUAUAGUGGUUGGAAUAGUGGUCAAAUGGUGGAUGUGAAUCCGUACAACAUCAGAGAUGCCAAGGAUUUCAUUCGCCAGUUAGACAUUCAAAGAGGAACCAACCUGAACGAUGCCCUGUUAGGUGGUCUCAGUCUCCUCGAAUCCACCGGCUCCAUGAACUCAACCAGCUCCAACCCUAUGGUGUGCAUCCUCUUCGUGCUGACCGACGGCAAACCUUCCGAGGGUGUGACCAGUCUCUCUGAAAUCGAACGUAACGUUCGUAACGCCAAUAACCAGCGGUGCUCUAUCGUCACCCUGGGGUUCGGCAGGCUUGUUAACUAUAACUUCUUGGUUCGUCUUGCCCUUCAGAAUCGUGGCAUGGCUAGGAAGAUCUAUGAAGACUCGUCUGCUGCUGGUCAAUUACGUGGAGUUUACAGCGAGGUUGCCACGCCGCUUCUCUUCAACAUUGUUGUUGAAUAUCUCAACAAUGCUGUGAGACCUGGAAGCACCUCAUCCACCACCUUCCCCAACUAUUUCAACGGUUCCGAACUUGCCGUCUCAGGAGUGCUCAGUUCCGGUGAUCUCCGAUAUUUGCCGAUCAAGAUCACUGCUGUUGGAGCCGAUGGCGUCACGACUUUUCAGGAGGAUGUCAAUUUGAGGAAUGCAAGACUUGCACUGAUGGAGAAUCCCAGUGCACUUAACGACAAUACCAUCCCUUCGAACUUCGUUGAGCGGACAUAUGCGUUCAUGACCAUGCGAGAGUUGUUCGAUCGAUAUCGACUAGCAGAUGACGCGAUGGAACGACGCGCCAUUGCUGAGCGUGCCCGUGUUCUAUCCCGUCGUUAUAACCUCCUGACGCCGCUGAUGAACAUGGUUCUUUCACGCGUGUCGGAAGCUGGUGAAGUGGACAGCGAUGGGGUGUCGGUGACGAGGAUAACCGAGUCGAGACCGAGCGGAUUUGAGUGGUCCAUGGUUGGGCCGUCCAUCGGGAGGAUUGGAGAGAGGGCAGCUGGCAUAGGUGGGGCGGAUUGCGCCCCACGUCCCGUAGAGCCUCCGCCGAGACCACCAACCAGACCACCAACUAGGCCACCACCACGGACCCCAGAACCACCACGAACUGAGCCACCAAGGACUUGGCCACCGAGGACGUGGCCUCCAAGGCCAGCGUCGACCACGACUCAAGCCCCAAGGACUAGACCCCGUCCAAGGACCUGGCCUCCAAGGCCCGCACCCACCACAACUCAAGCCCCGAGGACUAGGCCCCCUCCAAGGACCUGGCCUCCGAGGCCCGCCCCGACCACGACUCGAGCCCCAAGGACAUGGUCACCGAGGUCGUGGGCUCCAGAGACCUGGCCUCCGAGGACCGCACCAACCACAACUCAAGCCCCAAGGACAAGGCCCCCUCCAAGGACCUGGCCUCCAAGGACCUGGCCUCCAAGGACGGUACCAACCACAACUCAAGCCCCGAGGACAAGGCCCCCUCCAAGGACAUGGCCUCCGAGGCCCGCCCCGACCACAACUCAAGCACCAAGAACAAGGCCACCGCCAAGGACUAGAGAGCCCGCAGUCCGCCAAAUCGAAAACCCGAUAGUUUUGAGAAGAUACAACGUGGAGUCGGACACAACGGAACGAUAUGCUCGAACCAGAGUCGAAGCCGAGUAUGAGAAUGUUGAUUACGAAGUCCAUCCCAUCGAGUUUAGCCAACAGAUACCAAGUGGCGCUUAUGUCUCUGACUUCUUUGUGGAUAUCGAUGGAGAGCGAUACCGUGGUGUUGUUCAGAAUAUUCGUGAUGACGAUUGGCGUAACGUGUUUGCUACCAGUAGCAGUGGACAAGUCCUAGCCGUGCUGGCCAGAAGGGACCCGACAAAGGAUGCGUUCGUGAUGCAGGUGCCUGAUGUCAGAUCCAACGGCCGUGUGACCUUUGUCUUGACCUACGAUGAACUGUUGAAACGAGUCCGAGGACAAUAUGAGCAAAGAAUCAACGUUGCACCUCAACAGCUCGUAGAAGAUUUCGGCAUCGACGUGCAGGUCACGGAGCCUCAGAGGAUGCGCGAGAUGACCACGGAGUACGUCGGGGACACCCGGACUGGAAGGCAUACCAUCAACCUAGGCACCGGGAUAACACAGGAGAGUGACACGCGGGCUCGUUUCAGGUUCUACCCGACGGUCUAUGACCAGUCGUACUACAACGAUAAAGGUCUCGAUGGGGACAUCGUCAUCAAGUACGAUGUUGAGCAUACUCCUGACGGUAGUCAUAUACAGGUCCAAGACAACCACUUCGUGCACUUCUUCUCUCCGUCCGAACUGAACGCCCUUAACAAGCAAGUGGUGUUCGUCAUCGACGUCAGUGCUUCAAUGUACGGGAACAAACUCAGUCAGACCAAAGAAGCUCUUAAAACCAUGCUGGACCGUCUCAACCCCAGAGACUACUUCAGUAUCAUCACUUUCUCUGAUGGGGUUAGGUACUGGAAGGGAAGUAGCAGACUGGCACCAGCCCAUCCACGUUAUAUCGAAGAGGCCAAAGCAUACGUCGAUGGCCUAAGGGAUGACUCGGAAACCAAUCUAAAUGAGGCUAUUUUACGAGCGGAUGAGCUGCUAGACAGCGAAACCGUAUACAACCGGCCGGGUGACGAGUACCUCAGUAUGAUUAUUGUUCUGACCGACGGUAUCCCUUCAGUCGGUGUCACCGACCCCCAAGAAAUCCUCGACAACGCCCGCGAAGCUAUCGCCGGUGAGCAUUCCCUCUACACGCUUGGGUUCGGUCGACUAGCCGACUUCGAUCUCCUCGUCAAGCUGGCUUACGAGAAUGACGGCAUCGCCAGGAUGAUAUACGAGGACGCGAGCGCCGCCGAACAGCUGCGAGAUUUCUACCUAGAGUUGUAUCGUCCACUCUUAUUUGACGUGUCUAUUGAAUACCCUGGCGAUGUGGCAGACGCAGAAACCCUGUCGGAGAGGCGUUUCCCUGUAUACUUCGACGGAUCAGAGCUGGUUGUAGCUGGAAAGCUCUACGACGAUCCACCGUCCAACAAUCUCAGAGGUGUGAUCGAAUCGACAUCAACAGACGGACCCGGGCAGAACAGAUUGACUACUGAUAUUAGGACAACUUCACCAGAAUUGUCAUAUCAGCGCACAGUACCCGAUGUGGUUGAGCGCAUCUGGGUGUUGAAACGCCUCGAGGAUCUCAUCCGUCAAUACGCCAGGAGCACGGAUCCUGUCCAACGUAAUGAGAUUGCAGAUCGUAUCAUCACACUCGCCAAGAGAUACAACCUGGUUACCCCGCUCACUCCAUUGGCUUUGAGACAUCCAAGAACGGGAGACGUGAUUGACGGAAGUAAUAGUGCUAUUCCCCUUCCGGGUUACAGUAUGGCCAAUAGUGCCAGAGAUCUGUUGAAAAAAGCAAUAGGUAACAGUGGACCUACUACAGCUCCGGUCAAGCUGCAAGAUGCCCCGCUGGCAAUGGAAAAUGAUGAAAAUGUCAAUACCGUGCUGUUUAAUGUGAUGUCUUUGAUCAUCCUGCGUUACGCUAUGACUACAGUUGAGGUUGAGAUGCAGAACGAAGGAAGACAACUAGGACAUGCCGUCUUCAAACACAAACUACCCGAGGAUGCCUUCAUCUCGAACCUGACUAUAACUGUAAAUGGAGAGGUGUACACGAGUGAGGUAACGGACCCCCAGGACACCGCAGGUCUAGGACUGGGUAACCUAGAGAUCGGGCGCAGUGGGGGUAUUCUUUCGCCAUUAGGUGAUCUUGAGAACAAUCUGCUGGUGAUAGCGGUUCCCGUUGAACCAGGUGAGAGGGCGUACUUCCGCCUGACCUAUGAAAGGAAGCUACCAAGGCGUCUCGGAAUGUACGAACAGAAGAUUGGAAUCUUCCCGGAACAGGUGGUUGAAGUGAUGAACCUUGACACCGUCAUCAUCGAGCCUCAAGGGCUGUCUCGCUUGGAUAGUUUCCUGCUAGACCAGUCUGACCCAUCCAAUCCCAUCUCACUGGCCCAUAGAGUCCAGAGACGAAGCGACAAUCGAUGGGAGGUCCACUACUCGCCCAGGGCUCGAGAACAACUGGGAGUGUCCCCCAUGGGUAUCAUGGCUGAUUAUACGGUGCGGUAUGACGUCGUGCAUGGCAACGAUGCCGGUGAUAUUCAGGUCCUCAACGACUACUUCGUCCAAUAUUUCUCACCGUCCGGCCUCUCGGUCCUGCGCAAGAACAUCAUCUUCGUGAUCGAUAUCAGCGGCUCGAUGUCGGGCACCAAGCUGGCCCAGGUCAAAGAUGCCUUGUCGACCAUCUUGGAUGACAUGUCAGAGACGGACAAGUUCAAUAUCCUUCCGUUCUCAGAUGAUGUGCACUUCUUGGAGAGUACUGGGAUGCUCUACUCCACCAAAGAGAAUGUCCGCAGAGCAAAACGCUUUGUCAUGGGACUCCAGGAGAUGGAUAACACUAAUCUGCACAAGGCCAUCAUCUCCGGGGUAAACAUGUUACGUGCCGAGAGCGAGCAAGAUCCGCAAGAAGAGGAGAUCGUCUCCAUGCUCAUCGUCCUUACCGACGGAAACCCAAACCACGGCGAGAUCGAUAAAACUAUUAUUGAGCGAAAUGUCCACGAGGCGAUCAAUGGCGAUUUCUCGCUCUUCUGUAUUGGAUUUGGUGCUGAUGCUGAUUAUCCUUUCUUAAGACGAUUGUCGUUGCAGAACCACGGGGUUGCACGUCGUAUCCCUGAACGCGCUGACGCUGGAGAGCAUCUCGAGAAUUUCUACUACGAGGUGGCCACGCCCCUGCUCCGGGACAUCGAGUUUCGCUACUCACGAGGCAUCGAACCUAACUCGCUCAGUGACCGUACCUUCUCGAACUACUUCAACGGUUCUGAAUUGACGGUGGUGGGCAAACUCCUGCCCAACUUGCCUUACGAUGCACUCAACUCGUACGUGUACGGCAGGACCACAAACGAUCCGGUCACACUAAGAGGUCAUGGUGACAUUCAGGUGCCGUCUCUUUCCCUCCUUGAUGAUGAUGUACCAGAGGAUAUCAUCGAGAGGAUCUGGGCUUAUCAUAUCAUCCAGAGUCUCAAGAAUGAACAAGCUCUAGCCGAAGAAACACCCGACUACAGCAUGAUAGGAGACAGUGAGAUCAAAGACAAGUCUGUUCAGUACAGCUUUGAGAUAGAUGGAGUAUGGUAA